CAGCCGACACGGUUUUUGUUAGUCAUAAUUUCAAUCAAUAAACCCACAACACCCGGUUUUUGUGGCUUUUUUUUUACAAAACAUUUUCUCCAUUCCAUUGCAAAAUAAUAAGAGAAACGCGUCAUGUCUCAAAUAAUUGAAACGGGCAAAUCUGAUUUCAUCAAGGCGAAUGUGUCCAAUUCGCACAACGAUGCGGUCGCCUUUGAGGUGAAGUUUGCAAAGGAUCUCACAGUUGCCCAGCUCAAGAACAAGCUGGAGAUCCUGACAGGCGGAUGUGCGGGAACAAUGAAGGUGCAGGUCUUCAAAGGAGACACCUGCCUAUCCACGCUGGACAAUAACGACGCCCAGCUGGGUUACUAUGCCAACUGUGAUGGUCUCCGGUUGCACGUCAUCGAUAGCUUUGCUACCUUCUCAUUUGACAGUGCCCCCGUGGAGAAAUUCGAACUGACCACGGAUCAGUACGACCAGAGGACCGAUUCCGUGCGCAACUACCUCAAGCAGAAUCGCAUGGGCAAGUACAACGAGGAGGAAAUGCAACUGGCGGAAGAAAAGAGGCGUCUUCAAGCGGAGGAGGUCCAGAAGAAGGCGGAGCUGUGCGUCUUGGGUAGCAGAUGUCAGGUCACAGUGCCAGGUAAUCCAACCCGACGGGGAACAAUCAGAUACAACGGACAGCUAGAAGGAAAAACCGGUCAUUUUAUUGGCAUCGAAUAUGACGAACCUCUGGGAAAAAACAAUGGAAGUUUCGGUGGAAAAGCCUACUUCAGCUGUGCUCCAAAUUACGGCGGCUUUGUUUCACCUUUGUCCGUCACGGUUGGCGAUUUUCCUCCGGAGGACUUUAACAUGGAUGACGAACUCUGAGAAUAUCGGGCACGGCCACAGUUCACAACAUCUCGCAUCGCACAUGCCACUUUAACCAAAAGACUUACAAGGCACUUAAACUAUUUGUUCGCAGGAAAUCACAACACUAAUUUAGUUAUGCCAUUUUGUAUUUAUUAAUUAAAACAUCUAUGUAUGUAUGUAUAUCCAGAUAUUCUUACAACAUGAUUAUUCGUAAAUUCUAUAAUCGGCUUUAUCAUAAUUCUGAUUUAAUGGUGUUCUCAAUUAUUUUGCUUUCUUUUACAUUAACUCAACCAUUUGAAAACCAAAAUAAAUACCGGAAAUAAGUAUA